AUGACUGCCCUGGUCCAGUCCGCAGACGCGAUGGAGACCUUGUACGCUCCGAGCCACGUCGGAGCCGCGUCUUCCAGCCCAUCGCAACAUUUCAACGACGCCAAAUUCUACUUGCUGGUGGUGAUCGGGGAGGUGGUGGCCGAGGAGCAUCUCAAGUGUGCCAUUGCAGACAUAGAGAAAGGGAUCCGGUCAUGGGACACCAACCUUAUCGACUGCAACCUGGACCAGGAACUCAAGCUGUUUGUCUCUCGGCACUCAGCCCGGUUUUCUGCAGAUGUCAGAGGUCAGAGAAUCCUUCACCACAAAAGCAAUGUCCUGGAAACAGUGGUGCUCAUCAACCCUUCAGAUGAAGCCGUCAGCACAGAGGUUCGUCUGAUGGUUUCAGAUACCUCUCGAAACAAGCUCCUUAUUCUUUCGGGACAGUGUACUGAAAACACCGGAGAGCUUAUUCUUCAGACUGGAUCCUUCUCUUUUUACAACUUCAUUGACAUUUUCACUGACCAGGAAAUUGGCGAGCUCCUCAGCACGAUCCACCCAGCGAACAAAGCAAACCUGACGCUUUCUUGUCCAGAUCAAGGGGACUGGAAAAACUCAAACCUGGACAAACACAAUCUACAGGACUUUAUCAACAUGAAAUUAAAUUCUAGCCACCAACAUCAGGUGGUUUUCUCAAGCUCUCCAAGCCAUGUUGCUACAUAUUCCCUGGAGGUCGAGGUGACUCAGCUCUUUUUGCGGUAA